AUGGUUGUGAUAGCAUUGUGGCCAUACGACUUCGACCGUCAUUUGCCAACAAUGAUCCGAGGCCGUUAUGGAAUAUCUUCUCUGUUGAACGUAUUGUGGUACGCUUUCUGGCAGUUUAUCUGCCUCCACAUAACUAUCUUUAAUGCCGUAACUGUGAUGAAUAACAUGAACAAUCUGGGCGAGGAAUUUAUACAAAUGACGAACGCAAUACUCUACGGAAGCAUGUUCAUAGUUAAUGUUUAUUCCCGAUGGAACUACAAACGAAGCGUCAAAUUAUUCAGGAUGAUGGCGGAUAAUUUUAAGCGUCGAUCUGCAUUCGGAAUCACUUACGUCGAGUACGAAUCAACCAAGCGGUUAGUGCGCAGUUUUUUCAAAGUAUGGGUAUCCACAUGCUCCGCUGUAGCAUUGCAUUGGGCUGUGAUACCAGUCCUGCAAUGGGAGAGAGUCCUGCCAAUGAAAUGCUGGUACCCCAUAGAUGUGAGUUAUUCCCCUAUGUUCGAGAUAGCCUAUAUGCUUCAAGUUAUUGGGCAGCUACAGAUCGGAUUAACGUAUGGAACGACAGCUUCUUUACUUAUGGCGAACGUCUUCAUGGUUUGUGGGCAAUUUGGUUCACUUUGCUGUAGCUUGAGGAACUUGUACAAUACAGCUAUGAUUAAUGAAGGCGGCUAUCAACGUCAACUCGUAAUGCUACAAAAUCUAUAUAAAACAUACCUACAAAGUACGAACAGUUCUUGGUUCGAAAAGGAGUCAAUAGAAGAUUUAUCGAUAGCUCGGAAAACAGCAAUCAAACAUCUCAAAACACCGUCCGCGAAGCAUCGUUAUUUAAUGCAACUAUCGAAUGAGUUGGCAACAGCUCUGGAUGACUGUGUUGACCAUCACGCUAUGUUGAUUGAUUUCUGUCAUCAUAUGGAAGAGUGUUUUCAUCCCUUCAUAACGAUAACUUUCGGUCAAGAGCUCUCGAUGCUGUGUCUUCUAGCCUACAGUGCGACCAUGGACAAUUUAAGUGCAAUGAGGGUGGCAAAUAUUAUCGAAUACUUUCUCGUAGCCGUGUCCACGCUGGUUUGGAUGUGUUACUUAGGACAGUUAUUAAAAACUCAGAAUCCCAAAGUAAUUGAUGCGUUGAUGAGUUCUCCUUGGAAUGAAUGUGGAGUAGCUUUCCGUCAGAGGGCUCUAAUGAUACUAGCAAACUCGAUGAAACCGCUGAAGCUAACGGUGUUCAAGAUGCACGAUUUGGAUAUCAGAGCAUGUCUUUCGGUAUGA